GUCCUGAGAUCAUGAGCAAGCUGGCUGGUGAGUCUGAGAGCAACCUGAGGAAAGCCUUUGAAGAAGCAGAGAAGAAUGCUCCUGCCAUCAUCUUCAUUGAUGAACUGGAUGCCAUUGCUCCUAAAAGAGAGAAGACACACGGAGAGGUGGAACGUCGCAUAGUGUCUCAGCUGUUGACUCUUAUGGAUGGGCUGAAGCAGAGAGCGCACGUGAUUGUUAUGGCAGCUACCAACAGGCCUAACAGCAUUGACCCAGCACUCAGGCGAUUCGGUCGUUUUGACAGAGAGGUAGAUAUCGGUAUCCCAGAUGCCACCGGGCGCCUGGAGAUCCUGCAGAUCCACACGAAAAAUAUGAAACUGGCUGACGAUGUGGAUCUGGAACAGGUGGCAAACGAGACCCAUGGCCAUGUUGGUGCUGACUUGGCUGCUCUUUGCUCAGAAGCUGCUCUUCAGGCUAUCAGAAAGAAGAUGGAUCUCAUAGACCUAGAAGAUGAAACCAUCGAUGCCGAAGUGAUGAACUCGCUGGCUGUGACCAUGGAUGACUUCAGGUGGGCUCUGAGCCAGAGCAACCCUUCUGCUCUUCGGGAGACUGUGGUGGAGGUGCCACAAGUUACCUGGGAAGAUAUUGGUGGUCUAGAAGAUGUAAAGAGAGAACUCCAGGAGCUUGUACAGUAUCCUGUGGAGCACCCAGACAAGUUCCUCAAAUUUGGCAUGACCCCAUCGAAAGGGGUUCUGUUCUAUGGGCCACCUGGUUGUGGUAAGACGCUGCUGGCCAAAGCCAUUGCCAACGAAUGCCAGGCAAACUUCAUUUCCAUCAAGGGGCCAGAAUUGCUCACCAUGUGGUUUGGGGAGUCUGAAGCCAACGUGCGUGAGAUCUUUGACAAGGCCCGCCAAGCAGCCCCCUGUGUGCUCUUCUUUGAUGAGCUGGACUCCAUCGCAAAGGCUCGAGGUGGGAAUAUCGGCGACGGCGGCGGUGCUGCAGACCGUGUCAUCAACCAGAUCCUGACAGAGAUGGACGGCAUGUCCACCAAGAAGAACGUCUUCAUCAUUGGUGCCACCAACAGGCCAGACAUCAUUGACCCAGCCAUCCUGCGCCCCGGCCGCCUGGAUCAGCUCAUCUACAUCCCCUUGCCUGACGAGAAGUCCCGGGUUGCUAUUCUUAAGGCCAACCUGAGGAAAUCACCAGUUGCCAAGGAUGUCGACCUGGAUUUCCUAGCUAAGAUGACCAAUGGCUUUUCUGGAGCUGACCUGACAGAAAUUUGCCAGCGUGCCUGUAAACUGGCCAUCCGUGAGUCCAUCGAGAGUGAGAUCAGGCGAGAACGUGAGAGGCAGACCAACCCUUCUGCCAUGGAGGUGGAGGAGGAGGACCCAGUUCCUGAGAUACGCAGGGAUCACUUUGAGGAGGCCAUGCGCUUUGCUCGCCGCUCUGUCAGCGACAACGACAUCAGGAAAUACGAGAUGUUUGCACAGACUCUACAGCAGAGCCGUGGCUUCGGCAGCUUCAGGUUCCCGUCAGGUAACCAGGGCGGCGCUGGUCCCAGCCAAGGCACAGGAGGCGGCAGCGGGGGCAACGUGUACAGUGAAGACAAUGACGAUGAUCUCUACGGUUAACUCGCUGUCCUCGGUGGACCAAACUCCAAACCAGGCCACGUUGUACAGGGAAAAAUCCAAUGUUCAAUGGACUCUCGGCUUCUUCAUUCCUCAGUCAGAACAGUGUAGCUACACGUCAGACUUUGUACAGGGAAUGUUUUCUGCAAACACAAAUCCAGACUGUUGUUCAGUUGGGAGAGGCAGACAGUGAGUUAACAAGGAGGGGAACCGACUUAAUUUCUGAGAAAUUUCUGUUCUAGUUUAUGUGGCAGAAUCAGCAGCUUUAGCAAAGGGUACAACGCUAGCCUGUAUAAAAAAAACCCCACAAAAAUAAUAAAAAAAAAUAAUAAAAAUCCUACAAAACUCUA